AUGCUUCCAUCCACGUCAAAUGGCAACCCAUCAUCAUCGGGUGAUGAAGCAAAUCAACAAGGAAAAUUAAAGAAACCUGUAAAAUCAGUCAUUCCAAAACUUCAAAAUUGUACAGUUAAUUUAUCAUUAUUUAGAAAAGUAGCUGCCGAUGAAUUGAGAGAAAUGAUAGAUUCGGUGCAAACUGCAAAUCCUCAUAAGGCCUUUGUUUUUGAUCCGGAAUUGAUUGGACCACUUUCAUUAAUUGUUCCGUAUAGUUUUUUCAUUGCUAAAGGAACAGGUGCUACUGAACCAGAGAUUGGAUUAAUCAAACAAGACAAGAUCAAUUUUAAAACUAAUGUUGGAAGUGUAUUUUAUGUGACAAGACCUAGAAUUGAUUUAAUCAAGAUUAUGGCAUCACAAAUUAAUCAUAUUGUUUCACAACCAUCACCACCAAAUAUUUACAUUGUAUUUGUGCCAAGAAGAACUUUGAUUUGUGAAGUUUUAUUGGAAAAGAUGAACAUUUUACAACACAUUCAAAAACCUUUAUUAGAAUUUUCUCUUGAUUUUAUUCCAUUUGAUAAUGAUCUUCUUUCUAUGGAAUUACCAUAUGCAUUCCGUGAAUUUGAAGUUGAUGGUGAUUAUUCAGCUCUUUACAGUGUUGCAAGAUCUAUAAUGAAGUUACAAUCUGUGUAUGGCAUAAUUCCAAAUAUCAAAUAUGUGGGAAAGAGUGCUAAAAUGGCCUUUGAAAUUUUGCAAGAAAUGACUCACAAAUCUGAAACUAAUCUAAAUCAAAUCAAUCCAAGUAUUGGAAAUUUAAUAUUCUUUGAUAGAAAAGUUGAUUUGGUGAGUCCUCUCGUAACACCAUUGACCUAUGAAGGUCUUUUUGAUCUGUUUUAUAGAAUUCAAAAUAACUUGGCAACUAUUCCUUUCUUAGCUCAACCAGUAAAGAAAGAAGAAGGUGAGGAAGAAUCACAACAACAGCAGCAACCAGUUAAAAGAGUUCCAACAAGAUUGCCACUCAAUGAUGAUGACGAAGUUUUCAAACAAGUUCGUCACAUGAACUUCCUUGGUGUUGGUGCUAAAUUGGGUUCAAUCACUGAAGAAAUUGAUAGGAUCUAUGAAAAGAGAAAAACACUCAAUGCUGUAGAUGAAAUCAAAAGCUACUUUACUCUAUUGCCUGAAGUUCAACAAAAGCACAAGGAUUUGACUGCACAUAUUACCAUUGCUACAGAAAUUAAGAAGGAAACCUUAAAGCAAGAAUUUAGAAGAAGAAUUCGUACAGAACAAGAUAUUUUGUCAGGUGAAGAUCCAAAGGCAUGUAUUGAGUAUAUAGAAUCAUGUAUCAUCAGACAAGACAGUAUUACCUCUGUUUUAAGAUUGAUUUGUUUGUAUAGCAUUGUGAGAAAUGGGUUGAGUCAAUCUGAGUAUGAUCAUUUGAGACAAGAAAUUGUACACAGUUAUGGACAUUUUGCUGUUCUUUCUUUAAAGAAUUUGGAAGAAGCAGGUCUGCUCAAAAAAUCUCAAUCUAAAAUCAAUUGGUCCUCAUCUCCUUUUGCCACAAUGAAGAAGGGAUUGAAUUUAGUUGUGCAAGAAAUGACAGAUGAAACAAACCAAAAGAAUAUGGCUUAUGUGCACUCGGGCUAUGCUCCAAUGAGUUGUAGAAUUAUUCAAGAAUCACUUAAUAAUUCUAAAUGGGAAUCUUUGAAAUCAUUAUUCAAAGGAACUGAACAUGUAGAAUUCAUAGGUGAAAGUGUUUCUCCAGGUAUGCAAAUUUCUAGUCAAGAUGUUACUGUAGUAUUCUUUUUGGGUGGUUGUACGCUUGCUGAAAUCAGUGCUCUCAGAUCAAUUACCAAUCAUCGUUUCAUUGUACUGACAACCAAGAUUAUUAACUCUGAUAAUUUCAUUUCUUCCAUGUUGGAAAAACUUUAAUUUAUUGAAUCAAAAUACACAAGUCUAUU